UUGUGCGUCCAUAUCUCCAGAACAAAAUGUAUUUUUGAAUUUACAAAAAUGUCCCAUCAGCCAUUAUGGAAAAGUGGUGUAAAACAGCGGUAAAAGACUCGUAGAUCAAUCAAAGCCGUCAAUGAAAGUAUACAGACGAGUACCAAUCAGAAUCUUAACUUCCCGUAUGAACAAAUUUUAUAGUUUUGCAUAGCCGAGUCGUGCGCGUCAUGAAAAUAUAUUAUUACCUUGAUUAAUGGAAAUUGUCUGUUUUAACGUGGCAUCGUAUGACCUUUUUACCAGGUGAUACCGUAUUCAUUUACUUCACAAACAGCAGUGAAAUUAAAUGAAUUUCAUAGUAAUGAAACUUAAUGAACAUCGGAAUAAAUUGGUACUUUAAAUCUGCGUAUCUACGCUAUAAUAUAAGACAGUUCAAGUUAGUCAUCUAGAGAUUGGUUCUAUGAUACGCACAACGCGGUAAAUAUACAAAUUUGUGAAUAGUGUGCGAUGUCGUCUCAAAAAUUUAUUCGAUUCCAUAAAUAUAGCACAACAGAACCCUUGACUGUAAAAACAGCCUUCCGUAAGAUUUAAUCGAUUGAGCAAUUUUAUAUUGUUCAAUGUAAGAUGAAGUCUGUGUACAUCCCAGGCUUCUAUAAUCGUUUACCAGGUAAGUUCAGUACUUGAGAGGGCCCUUGAUUCCUUAUAUCAUAUGUGGGGUCUAGUUUUUCAGUCGAUAUCAAAGGCUAACGAGGGUUCAAGAGAUGAAUUUAAACAAUGUGCCCAUUUUUGCCUUGAGUUGAAUUCUGUUUACUCAAGUACGCAAGUAUACGGUUUUUCACUAUUGUGUUUUAUAGUUCAAAGAAAGUGACUAAUACAAAUUAAGAAGAUUUUGUGGUUUUUGUCAAGGGUUAUUACAAUAAAUUUUAGUCCACUUUGUUUUCUUAGUGAAAAUCAAACUCCCGUCUUCUUAAAACGUAAGCGAGGUCAAAAAUACUUUGUUUGUAUGAGAUUAAGGUCGUUUAUAUAAGUUGAUAAGGUACACAAAAAAACUUUGUGCUGUUUCGUAGUGGAUAUAAAAACAAAAUUUUCAUAUUAGUUCUCAUUUUCAACAUAAAAUGUUUAAUGCUGUCACAUUUUCACCAAAUUGCCGUUCCGAAAUCCGCGCAAGAAUACAAAAAAGUUGUAAUUCUCAAAUAUAUGAAGGUCAAAUGACUAAUAUUGGCGCCCUAAUGCCAUCAAUAAUCCAGCCAAAUGUUAAAAAGAUUGUACAGAAUGUUAAUGAAAUGGUAACAGAAUUGCACUGAAGGUCAUGUUAACGCGUGCAUUGAAAUUAUAAAAAACAUUAACAAUUUUAGCAUUAGAUAUCUGGCGACUUCUUUCAUCUUUAGAUACUGAAAAUUUGAAAUUGCUUGGCUCAUUGGUCGCGAAGGAAUGUGAUUUCUUAAAGAUCUAUACAAAAACAACAACAAACUGGCGAAAUGUUGUAUAGGUUCACUUCGUGUCAAACCAAUGAAUUUGUUUUCGAGUUGGACUAAACCAAAUCAUAUAUUAUCAUUCCAAAACAGUCGAGAAAGGGAGGACGGUGGUUAUAAAAACUAUUAUAAGAGGUGAAGGUUGUCUCGAUGUUGGAAUAGAAGUUGAACAUUGCCAAUAUUUUUAUUCAAGUUCAGCCUAGCGAGGUCAUCGGAUAUAUAAGAUGAAUUUUGGUUGAAAUACCUGGGAGUUAGAAUACGGAUUACACAGUAGAACGUUCAAGGAAAAGUUUUGUCAUACGACAUCGAUAUUAUAGGAAAAUCGUCCGGUCGCCAUACUGCAGCAAUACUUAACCAAGUCUAGAGCAAAAUUCGAACUAAUUAAUCAGGUUGUGAGAUUAUGUAGAUCAAUUGCAGCAAAAACAUUACCGUGAAUAUCGUGGCAAACUAUCAUACGAGUACCCGUCUGUCUCGUAUCUAAAUUUGAUAUUUUGCUUUUACAUUUACGUUAGUUAUAUGAGUGAGCUUCUAUCACAGCAUUCUAUUUAUCUUAGUCUUGGACAGAAAGGCAAAAUUAUAUUGCCCCACUCAUGUCGCAUUUGGACUAAACAAAAUAAAGAAAACAGACGUCUUUGGUAUAUAUAUAGACCAUCCAUAUAUUUUUUCUUGAAAUUGACAGUCAUCUAUAUAUAGGAGAAAAGUUUUUUUAGAUAUCGGAUAUACGGUAGUUAAUAAAAAAUUCUGUUGUAUUUCAAAAUUCACAGGAUGCGCUGAGUAAAGAGCACGACAAGCAAUAGACAGCUCACGAUACCACAUGCAUGAUGUGAUGCUUUUUAUUGUGAAUUACGCGAACAGAACGUUCAUUUAAACUUUUUAUCUUUGAUGAUGGUAGAACUGUAGAACGAUAAAAUGUCUGUAAACAGAUUUGCGAGGCGGAGAAUAUUCCUAAUGGGUUUAAUGACACCAAUAGUAUUUUAUGCAUUCCACGGUAUGGGGUAUACGAAGAUUGACGUGAAACGAUAUUUCCCUGUCACGUCCCAAAUAAGAAAACUAAUGUCUGUUUCAAAUGCUCAAAAACCUCAGAAAAUUGUGAUAUUAUACGGCAACCAAAGGUCAGGUUCUACCUUCAUGGGAGAAAUGUUCAAUAAGAAUACAAACGCUUUCUACCUCUAUGAGCCUUUGUUCCCAUACACACCACACUGUCACUUUUUGAACGAGGAAAGACUCGAAACUUUGAAGAAAAUGAUGAACUGUCAAUUUUCAGACAGUGCAAGUGCAUUCAAAUUGGCCAGAAACUUCACAAAAGCAAGCGAUACAGUGUCCGGGUGUGUCAUAAACAAUGCAUGUUUUGCAUCCCGAUCAGACGCUUUGAGUAUUCGAUACAAACAAUUCUGUAAAAGUUCCACCUUUUUAUCGAUUGCACAAAAAUGCGAAUUUCCAUUGCGAGCAGACGUAAUUUCAACGAUUUGUUCUCAGACUGAAGUUGUUGCCUUCAAGGUGCUCAGGAUAUGUUCUCUGAAAGAUAUCGAAGAAAUCUACAAGGACUUCAAAAAUCGAGGGAAAGAUGUAUACGUCAUUCAUCUUUUGCGUGACCCGCGAGCUAUUAUUUCCUCGAAACUAAAACUAGAAUUGAAAGAGUCGAAUGCUUUGCAAAAAGCGGGUGAACUGUGUUCCAAAAUUCAUAGAAACUUGGAAUACAUCAACGGCACUACGGAUCCACCAUUGUUGAUUAGAGACGAGAAAUAUCUCAGAAUUCGAUACGAAGAUGCUUCAAUGGAACCGAUAUCUACCGCGAGUAAAAUUUAUGGAUUCCUUGGACUAGAAUUACCAGCAGAAGUUGAAGGUUGGCUAAAAAUGUCAACAAUUCAACCGCACAAGAAACUAGUCGAAAUAGAAAAGAAGUUAAAAGAGGGAGAAUCGAACAGGAACGCUGUGCUGAAGAGUUUCAUAACACUUGAGAAACAACUACGAAAUCCUUAUGGAACGAUUAGAGAUCCUUCGACCACCGUACAGAAGUGGAGGAAUUCGAUGUCAUUUAGUACCGUCUCAGGAAUUCAGAAAAUAUGCGAGAAAGUUCUGGCAAAACUUAAUUAUACAACUGUAAAUACGGUUGCGGAAUUGGCGGACACCACCAAGAUACUCUGGUAAACAAAGGAAGAAAAAGUGCCAUCCGCAAAAUUUCCACAAAUCUCUCUUGCGUCAAUGUAUUUUAUUGCUCAAACCCACUGUAUCAGCCAAAUUUUUUUGUUAUCUAUUUCUGCUUGAAAACGCCUUCUUUUACUUCACGUUGUAAUAUAUAUAUAUAAUAGUUUCA